CUCCUCCAGCUCCUCCUCCUCCUCCUCCCCGCCGCCGCCGCCGACCUGUCCGGUCCCGGUCCCGGUCCCGGUCCCGGUCCCGGUCCCGGUCGGUCCCGGUGGUCCGGGUCUGUCCCCGCCGGUCUCCGCCCCCCCUCGGCCCCGCCGCUCCUCCUGCAGCAGCCCCGGGAGCAGGUCUGGUCUCCCGGUGUGUCCCGGGCCCGGUCCGCGGUGGAGGAGUCCGGGCCCGAGGAGGAGGCUCGUCACGGCGGCGGGUACCGGGUGGUCCAGUGGGAGUGGAGCUACGUGCAGACCCCCUACAUCAUCGCCACCUGGCUGCUGGUGGCCAGCGUGGCCAAGAUCCUGUUCCACUUCUCCCAGCGGUUCACCACGGUGGUCCCAGAGAGCUGCAUGCUGAUCCUGUUGGGUCUGGUUCUGGGCGGGGUCGUCCUCUUAGCCAAUAAGAAGCAGCUGUACCAGCUAGAGCCCGCCCUCUUCUUCCUCUUCCUGUUGCCGACCAUCGUGGGCGACGCCGGUUACUUCAUGCCGGCCCGCCUCUUCUUCGACAACCUGGGCGCCAUCCUGACGUACGCCGUGGUGGGGACGCUGUGGAACGCCUUCUGCACCGGCUUCUGCCUGUACGCCGCCAAGCUGCUGGGGGUCAUAGACGAGCGCGUGCAGGCCGACCUGAUGGACUUCCUGUUGUUCGGGGCUCUGAUCUCGGCCGUUGACCCCGUGGCGGUGCUCGCCGUGUUCGAGGAGGUUCACGUCAACGACACACUCUUCAUCAUCGUCUUCGGAGAGUCACUGGUUAAUGACGCCGUCACCGUGGUUUUAUAUAAAGUCUACAUCUCCUUUGUGGAAGUCGGAGUGGAGAACGUUCAGACGGCAGAUUACUUCAAAGGAGUCGCCUCCUUCCUCAUCGUCAGCAUUGGGGGAACUCUGGUGGGUUUGGUUUUCGCCGUCAUCCUCGGCUUCAUCACUCGUUUCACCAAGAAGGUUCGGAUCAUCGAGCCUCUCUUCGUCUUCCUGCUGGUCUACCUCGCCUACCUGACCGCCGAGCUCUUCUCCUUGUCCGCCAUUCUGUCAAUGACCUUCUGUGGUAUCGGCGCCAACAAGUACGUGGAGGCCAACAUUUCCCAGAAGUCCCGGACCACGGUGAAGUACACGAUGAAGACUCUGGCCAGCAUCGCAGAGACCAUCAUCUUCAUCUUCCUGGGGAUCUCAGCCGUGGACAAGUCCAAGUGGGCCUGGGACACUGGUCUGGUGUCCUGCACACUCAUCUUCAUCUUCGUCUUCAGGGCUGCAGGUGUGAUCGGUCAGACCUGGGUUCUGAACCGUUUCCGCCUCGUCCCGCUUGAUAAGAUUGACCAGGUGGUGAUGUCGUACGGCGGCCUGCGGGGAGCGGUGGCGUUCGCUCUGGUGGUGCUGCUGGACGGCGAGCAGGUCAAGGCCAAGGAUUACUUUGUUGCCACGACGAUCGUGGUGGUCUUCUUCACCGUCAUGUUUCAGGGCCUGACCAUCAAACCUCUCGUCGACUGGCUCAAAGUUCCUCGUUCAACCAGCAGGAAGCCGACCAUCAACGAGGAAAUCCACGAGAGGGCCUUUGACCACAUCCUGGCAGCAGUGGAGGACAUAGCGGGACUUCAGGGUUACCACCACUGGAGAGACAAGUGGGAGCAGUUUGAUAAGAACUAUCUGAGUAAACUUCUGCUGAGGAAGUCUGUUUACAGGAAGAGUGAACUGUGGGAGGCGUAUCAGAAGAUCAACAUCAGAGACGCCAUCAGUGUAAUCGACCAGGGUGGGAACGUCCUGACCUCAGCCCGACUGUCUCUGCCCUCGAUGGCCAGCAGAGCCUCGUUCCCCGAAGUCACCAACGUCACCAACUACCUGCGUGAGAACGGCAGUGGCGUGUGUCUGGACCUCCAGGUGAUCGAUAACGUCCCCGGAGCCAAAGUGGAAGAAGAAACCGAGACGCAUCACUUCCUCACAGGGAACCUGUACAAACCCAGGAGACGGUAUCAGUCCCACUACAGCAGACAUUUCAUGCCUCUGGGGGAGAAGGAGCGUCAGGACCGAGAGGUGUUCCAGAGGAACAUGAGGAGCCGCAUGGAGACGUUCAAAACCAGCCGACACAAACGACACAAGAAGGACCGCAGCCUCAAGAAGCGCCGAGGAUCCGACUCCAAGGAGGACGGCAGCGACAAACCCAGACGCAACGUCAGCUGGCAGGACAAGAACCCGGUGGUGGUUCCUGUGGAGUCCGAGGAGGAGAAAGGAGAACAUUCAGACCCUGAGAAGGAGGAAGACGUUGGGAUCACCUUCGUAGCUCGUAAGGUGGAGACGCCCAAACAACGACCCAAAUCAGUCCCAGCAGCUCUGGACGGGGGUCACAGUCCACCGCCGGCCCCUCCCCCCAGUGGAGACAGCCACCUGCCGUGGAAGGGCGGCCUUGGUUCUCCUCCUCCCUGUGUGUCUGUGGAGGCCACUAAGAUCAUCCCCGUGGACCUCCAGCAGGCCUGGAACCAGAGCAUCUCCUCCCUGGAGAGCAUCUCCUUCCCCGCCCCCGAGCCCCUCCACCCCCGAGUGAGCGCCCUGUCCAGACUGGGAGGAGCCCGUCCGGCCUCCUACACGCCGCCGGGCAGCGCGGCCGGCAGCACCACGGGCAGCACCUCCUCCAUCGGAGCUCAGGUGGCUCAGGGCUCCUUCUGCUUCCCGGAGAAGAAGGAGGAGGAAGAGGAGGAGGAGGAGGAGGAAGGGAGAGCGCUGCAGGAGAUGCAGCCUCUCAUGUCGUCUGUGAGGCCGCCCGGCUACCUGCCGCCGCCGCCGCCAGGCUCCGCCCGCUCAGGGAGGAGGAGGAACCCCUGCGUCUACCUGAGGAGCCUGGUGACGGCGCCUCCUCCUCCUGACAGCGAGACGCACAGCCGAGGCCCCACCCAGCUGUGA